AUGCUUGCAAAUACCAACUUGAAUAUUGUUUCAGCCGUUUAUGUAUUGUCAUUUAUAUCCACGGGUUAUGGACAACCAAUUCAUAUGCCAAAUGGGAAUGAAAUAAAGAGAAGAGCCGAGAAUAUUUUUGACAAAAUCCAGGAUGCAGCCAAUGGUGUAUUCUAUGGAGGAAACCAAACAUCAUCAUCGGUCUCUUCUGACCCAGCUUCAUCCACGUCAAACACGCAAUACUUCCAGUCGAUUAGUCAAUCGCCAAGCACUGACGACUAUGCGCCAAGUUCCACCACCUCAGAGGAGGGAAAAAUCAGUAAUAAUAGGGACAACAGUGAAAGUAGUAGUGAUGACAACAAUGAUGAGAACGGAUCUACUUUCGGUGGUUAUGGCCAAACUUCUAGUGAUGACUAUACUUCAAUUGCUACAACUAAUGCUGACACUACAAGCAUAUCACCAGGUACUACAUCAACAAAUGAGCCCUUUUAUCCAACUACAUCUUCCAGUAGGACUUACACAAGUUCCACUGACGAAACCUCACCAUCAACACAAGCCCAGCAAACAUCCUCGACUGGUAAAGAUGCAACAACGGGAGAGUCAACGGCGUCUAAGCAGGAUGUUGAUUCAGAUACUUCUGUAACGUCUUCCACAGGAGGAAAUAGACAAUCAGCUGCACAGGUUCAAUCGAGUACUGCCCAAAACUCUUUUAAUAAUGAGAGAACAACAUCAUCAACUUCAUCACCAACUUUAGCUUCGCCAUCUACUGCUGCAGGUGUUCAAAGUAGUAGCGACAAUGGUGCUGAAUCGUCACCAACUACAAGCUCGUCACCAACUACAAGCUCACCACCAACUACAAGCUCGUCACCAACUGCUGCAGGUGUUCAAAGUAGUAGCGACAAUGGUGCUGAAUCGUCACCAACUAUAAGCUCGUCACCAACUAUAAGCUCGUCACCAACUAUAAGCUCGUCACCAACUAUAAGCUCGUCACCAACUUUAGCUUCGCCAUCUACUGCUGCAGGUGUUCAAAGUAGUAGCGACAAUGGUGCUGAAUCGUCACCAACUACAAGCUCGUUAGCAUCAGCAAACUCUUCACCUACCACAAGCUCGUCAUCGACAACCUCAAGUGCUUCACAAGCACAAGAGUCUGAAGCUCAGGCCGCAUCUGCCAGUAGUACAUUUUUGGUUCAGGCCAGUUCAAUGUCGCUCAAUUCUGCGACAUCUGGUGCGUCUCAAACUACUUCAGAUGGAGCAGCAGUAACAUCGUCCACCGGUUCACAGACCUCAACUGACACUAGCUCAUCAUUAGUUGAUGCUUCUUCUUCUUCCUUAUCCAACACAGGUACCAUCGAUGCUACAUCUGGUGUUGCAGCUAGCACUUUUGGAAGUUCAUCAGAGACUUCACAGUCGGUGACGGGAACUCAAGAAUCUUCUAGUCAACAAUCUAUAGAAUUUGCAAGUCCAGGCACAACCUCGCUAGCAAGUUCAUCUUCAGGCGGACCUGUAACAACUUCUUUUGCAUCAGCAUCAGAAGCAACUUUGGACAAUGCCUCGUCGUCUUUAGGAUCUUCAUCAUAUGAAUAUACACCAAGCUCCAAUGAACAACUGGCUACAGCUAAUGCACAAGCAUCAUCGUUGACUUCGAGCCCAGUAUAUUCAGACGCAGUAUCAUCAGCCUCACCAACAGCUACAUCAUCCAUCAAUGAACCAGCUUCGUCAUCGAGUUUGGUCCAACCAUCAACUGAUUCACAAGGACCAUCUACUGUUGCCAGUGUUGAGUCUCAACUGUCACCUAUUAGCUCAGCUUCUAGUUUUGUUCCCCAACCAUCACCAUCAACAUCGGAAUCAGAAUCUGUUGUUGUUCAGCCAACUAGUCUGCCCACUGAUACCUGGAGUACAGUUUCACCAUCUGAUGCUCAAUUUUCGUCAUCUACUACACCAUUGGAAUCACCUGUUGUUUCGGGAUCAGCUACAUCGCAAGUAUCUCCCACGACUUCAUCAGCUGAGGUAUCUACUGCCACCUCGAGUCCAAUUGAAAGUUCAUUUGCACCUUCAGUAGUUGCACUGUCGGCAGAGCCAUCAUCAGCACAACCAUCAUCACAAGAAUCAUAUGUUUCUCCGGAGGUCACUUCUGCCACCCCAUCGUCAGAGUCUUUUGUUUCGCCAAUAAUCUCAUCAGAAGUGCCCUCGUCUGAGGUCUUGUCAUCGGUACCAGUAGUCACGUCAGCUGUUGAAUCUUCAUCACAAGAAUCAUAUGUUUCACCAGUGAUUACGUCAUCUGAACCUUCGGCAUCGCCAGUGAUUACAUCUUCGGAAUUUUCUACAUCACCAGCAUCAAGUUCUGUUGUUCAACCAUCAAGUGAGUUAUCAGCGGCUACACCUAUAGUUUCAUCUACAGAAUCAUCAGUGGUAUCCCCUUUUGUGUCAAGUUAUGUAUCGACUUCAGGUGAACUGGUUACAUCUUCGCAGGUUUUAGGAACUCAAGCUAGCAGUUUGCCAGAAACACUGAUGGGGGUUAGUAGUAGCGGAAUUGAUCAAGCUACUUCAAGUGUUGGAUCUUCAGCUACCAGUUUGGUGGCUCCAUCGGAAGAACUGGGAUCUUCUGGAGCUCCCUCAGCUACAAGCUCACCAGGUGUAUCAAGUGUUCAAUCAUCUUCAGGGGUUGCAACACCAGCUAGCAGCAGUUUUAUGAGUCAGGUCAGUGGCGUCAACUCAGACAUUGCGGCUUCCCCAUCAGCAGUGGAAUCAUCCAGAUCGAUUGAAUCUUUGGUUCCAUCAGCUUCUUCAGCGCCAGCUUCUGGUUCACCUCAAGUAACACCAGCACCUACAUCAGCACCAGCAUCCUCAGCCACCGAAAUUACUCCAGGUGCAACUUCAGGUACAAGGACCACCAAGAAUUGGUUGCCAUCGUCAUUGGUUGUGGAACUGAGCUCAAGUGAUGAUUCAACAGAAACCGAUAGUAGUCAUUCCAAACCAACGACCACUCCUUCGUUGAGCCCUGGUUUACCAAAGGCGAUUGCACCCGAAUUGACCAGCACUCCGGGUGAAGAUUAUGACGUUGUUACAGUUGGUUUCAAGUCAGCCUUAAACUAUCCAUUUGUUGUUAAUAAUACAAUUACUUCAGCCCAGAUCUUUGAAUAUUUGCCUGGUGUGUUGACUUAUCCAUUUGAUGACACUAAAAAGUUCAAUGAAACUGUUGUCAAGCAAUUGAUUCCAUACCAAGCUACCAAUAUUGACUACACUAUCACGGUCGCUGAAGUGUACUUCCCUACAAACUAUAUCAACAAAUUGAGUCAAUAUAUUAGUAACCAAAACUCAGCAUUGUACAAAAACCCUAGUGAUAUUGAAAACACGUUGGCAUCAUUGAUUGACUCCAGAAUUCCAUUGACGGGCUUGGUUGACUCCACUCAACUGAAUUCAGGUUCGUCUUCAAACGGAGGUGGACUGAACAAUCAAUAUGGAUCAAUGGAUGCAUCAUACAGUGGAGAGAAAAUUACCAACAAGGGUAAAAUAGCCGGAAUUACAGUUGGAGCUGCCGCUGGAUGUGGAUUGUACAUGACUUUAAUGAUUCUUUUGUUUAGAAGGUUUAGGAAGAACAUCAAAAACAUUGAAUUGCCACCAACUGACACCGAAUCUGAAUACACGAUGUCUAGUGAAGGCUCAUCAAUGACCGAAGGAGCUAGCGCUGCCCCAUCUGGAAAUGUUAGUUCGUUACCGUUUGAUUCCAACUAUGGCGGGAUAAUUAUGCCCCAGCAAGGAUACCCGGAACCAGAGUAUCAUAUGGAUGAAGAUUCUCCAAAUUAUUUACAAGACCCAAGUUAUCAACCCCAGUAUCCACCACAAGUACAACAUAUGGAUAGCAGGAACAAUUUCGUAUGGCCAUAA